UUUACACUAUAGGAUUCUGGGUUUUUUAAGUUCUGUUAAUUAAUUUAAUAUAACGUUUUAGCUUCUGUGCCACUGCUUUACAACACAUUCGCUUUACAAAACACAGAGAAAAUGUAUGGGAUAUUUACCUCUGGCAACCGAGUGGGCUGUCACCGCUGCGGUCUUUUUAAAAGAUGUCGAGAGUUCCGUUGUUUCAGAAGAAGAGAGUUAUGGAGGGAAGGAGAAGAAAAUACACUCCUCCCGGUUCAGAAUAUGAUAUUCCAACAAGAACAAGGAGAUUCUGGAAAAGGAGCCAAUCCUCUAUUCGGAAGCUGCAAUCGGAAGCCAACUUCAGCUUUGUAGUUACACCCUACCUUGAGCAUCAGCUAAAGAUGUCCUACAUUCUUACACAACAGAAUCUGGAUCAGGAUUCCUCUGACCACAACACUGACAGUGGCUCAGAAGACACACAUGAUGAUGGUGUUGGGAUGACAAAUCUGGAUCAGGAUUCCUUUGACAACAGAUCUGAAAAUGCACAUAAUGGUGAUGACAUUACAAACCUGCAUGCAGACCCUGAAUCUGAUGAACUACCUCCACAUUUGAGCCAAACAACAGAGUCAUCAGUCUUCAGCUUAGAGGACAGUGUUGAUUUUGGUGUGUUUCAACCACUAUGGCAGUCUUAUACUGACUCUGAAUCCUUUGGCAGUGGAGAAGAAUUUCCCAUGGAAGACAGCGCUGACAAGUCUGCAAAUGAACAAUUACAUUUCGGAGUAGUAGGCUUUAAUGAAAGGGUUCCUCCAGUAAAUGAUGAGCCACUGUACACAGGCUCACGACUAACCAACGCUCAGAGUUUUUUACUUAUACUUUCAAAUGCUUUGAGACACUCGCUUACUGGUGUAGCCCUGUCUGAUCUUUUAGAUUUGAUUAAUAUCCACUGCCCAGAAAAUGUUCUAACUUCAAAGCAUCUGUUCUUAAAAGAGCUUAAACCAAUACAAGGUCACCUAGAAUGUCACAUAUACUGUCCCAACUGUGAAUAUUACAUCGGCAACCAAGUCACCGAGGGGCAGUGUUGUGUGUGUAACUCUACAUGGGAUAGAAACAGCUCACUGAAAAAUUUAAAUUUCUUCCUAUACUUACCCAUCCAAACACAACUGGAACAUCUUCUUCAAAGAGAAGAUAUUGCAUGUUGGGUCAAGUCAGGAAACGGCACAUGUACAGGUCCUUCUCAAAAUAUUAGCAUAUUGUGAUAAAGUUCAUUAUUUUCCAUAAUGUCAUGAUAAAAAUU